CCAAUCCUAAAGAAAACACUUCCGUCUCGUCUUCACCCUUCGCUCCAAAAUAAUCUCGACGAACGCCUCCUCCCCCUUCGCCUUCCCCUCCCAUAUAGCCGCGAUCGCAAAACGAGGAGGGACUAGAGAGUGAAAUCCUCUCAACAGCAAGAAUCCACUCUUCCUCCCUCUCUCUUCCUUCUCUCUACCCCCAUGUGAAAAAAGGAGUAUAAACCCUAACCCUUCUUCUCUAGGGUUUCUGCCUAGAAAGAAACAACAUGGCUCCAAUCAUCAACUACGAGCAGCACGCCCAGCGCCUCAUCGAGCCUGAUCUGCCGGUGCAGGUGCGUUUGCAGAUGGUGAUGGAGGUGCGGGACAGCCUCGAGAUCGCGCACACCUCGGAGUACCUCAACUUCCUCAAGUGCUACUUCCGCGCCUUCUCGGUGAUCCUGACGCAGCUGACCUCGCCGCAGACCACCGAGAGUGCGGAGCACAAGCUGCGCAACGUGGUGGUGGAGAUCCUCAAUCGUCUUCCCCACAGCGAGGUUCUCCGCCCAUUCGUCCAGGACCUCCUCAAGCUAUCCCUUGCCGUGCUCACCCGCGACAACGAGGACAACGCUCUCAUCUCCAUCCGCAUCAUCUUCGACCUUCUUCGCAAUUUCCGCCCCACAGUGGAGGCCGAGGUCCAGCCCUUCCUUGACUUCGUCUGCAAUAUCUACCGCAACUUCCCCGCCACCGUCUCCCACAUUUUCAACUCUCAAAACAACCCCAAUCCUCUGUCUACCUCCUCCUCCUCAGCCGUCACUGCCGCCUCCCCUUCCCCACCUCCUCCUCCUCUCCCUCCUUCUUCCCACCCCAUCGGGGGCAGAGGGGAUGAUGGCGGUGGGCUCGAUGUGCCCCCUGGCAUCAGCAGCAGCAGCGUGGGGUCGUCGACAACCUACACGGCAGCCGGACAGUUGAACCCCAGCACAAGUUCGUUCAAGAUAGUCACUGAGAGCCCCCUCGUGGUGAUGUUUCUGUUCCAGCUUUACACGAAGCUCGUGCAGACGAAUAUACCUUACCUUUUGCCACUCAUGGUCUCUGCCAUCUCCAUCCCCGGCCCAGAUAAGGUUUCCAACAACUUGAAGACCCAGUUCGUUGAACUAAAGGGCGCUCAAGUCAAGACACUGUCAUUCUUAACCUAUCUGUUGAAGAGUCAUGCUGAUUAUAUAAGACCUCACGAGGAGAGCAUAUGCAAGAGUAUAGUAAAUUUGCUUGUCACCUGUCCAGACUCUGUCUCCAUUAGAAAGGAGAUGCUGAUAGCUUUAAAGCAUGUUCUCAACUCGGAUUUCAGACGAGGGUUGUUCCCAUUGAUCGACACACUUUUAGAUGAAAGAGUUUUAAUUGGGACAGGUCGAGUUUGUAUUGAGACGUUAAGACCAUUAGCUUAUAGCCUUCUUGCCGAGAUGGUACACUAUGUUCGAUCAGAGCUUUCUCUCGCUCAGUUGUCGCGGAUUAUAUAUCUAUUCUCAAGAAACAUGCAUGACUCAUCUUUAACCCUCGUCAUUCACACAACCUGUGCCCGUCUGAUGCUGAAUCUGGUGGAGCCAAUAUAUGACAAAGGUGUUGACCUUCAAAGCAUGGAUGAAGCACGAGUUCUACUGGGCCGCAUCCUGGACACUUUUGUGGGAAAAUUUGGGACCUUCAAACGCAUUGUACCUCAGCUCCUGGAAGAAGGUGAGGAAGGAAAAGAAUAUUCCACCUUGAGGUCGAAGCUUGAAGUUCCUAUCCAGGCGGUUCUCAACUUUCAGGCUCCAAUGGAAUACGCCAAGGAAGUCAGUGAUUACAAAAAUCUAAUUAAAACUUUAGUGAUGGGAAUGAAGACUAUAAUUUGGAGCAUUACUAAUGCUCAUAUGGCACGCCCACAGGUCUCAACAUCAUCACAUGGCACACAUCAACAAACGCAGGCCUCCCCAUCAUCCAAUAUGCCACUUCCCCAAAUGUUCAAAGGGAUGAGGGAAGAUGAGGUCCGUAAGGCAACAGGUGUUUUGAAGAGUGGUGUUCACUGCUUGGCGCUUUAUAAAGAAAAGGAUGAGGAAAGGGAAAUGUUACAGCACUUUUCACAGAUUCUAGCUAUAAUGGAGCCUCGAGACCUCAUGGAUAUUUUCUCGUUGUGCAUGCCGGAGCUUUUCGAAUGCAUGAUAACUAACACUCAGUUGCUUCAUAUAUUUUCAACACUUCUGCAAGCUCCUAAGGUCCUCCGACCCUUCAUGGAUGUCCUUAUUCAUUUUCUUGUUAACAACAAGCUUGAUGCUCUGAAGCAUCCAGAUACCUCUGCAGCAAAGCUUGUUUUGCAACUUUUUCGGUUUUUAUUUAUGGCUGCUGCAAAGGCACCUGCUGACAGUGAACGCAUACUUCAGCCUCACAUACCUGUGAUAAUGGAAGUUUGCAUGAAGAAUGCUACUGAAGUCGAAAAGCCUCUUGGUUAUAUGCAUCUUCUUCGUUAUAUGUUUCGAUCAAUGAAUGGUGCAAAAUUUGAUACCCUUCUGCGGGAUCUUAUUCCAUCUUUGCAACCUUGCUUAAAUAUGCUGCUAUCUAUGCUUGAAGGACCUUCUGGCGAGGACAUGAGGGAUCUUAUCUUGGAGCUAUGCUUAACCUUACCUGCACGUUUAAGUUCGUUGCUUCCACACAUACCUCGCCUUAUGAAACCUCUGGUUCUUGCUCUUAAAGGAACUGAUGACCUUGUAAGCUUAGGUCUCCGGACCCUUGAGUUCUGGAUUGAUAGCCUGAAUCCUGAUUUCUUGGAGCCUAGUAUGGCAAAUGUCAUAUCGGAGGUUAUUCUUGCUUUAUGGUCUCACUUAAGGCCCCUUCCAUAUCCAUGGGGUACAAAAGCUUUACAACUUCUUGGUAAGUUAGGUGGUCGAAAUAGACGUUUUCUUAGAGAACCCCUUGCUCUUGAGUGCAAAGAGAAUCCUGAACAUGGGCUUCGUCUGAUUCUUACAUUUGAGCCUUCUACACCAUUUUUGGUACCUUUGGAUCGUUGCAUAUAUCUUGCUGUGGCUGCGGUUAUGCAAAAUAAUGGUGGAAUGGAGGCUUUCUACCGGAAGCAGGCUUUAAAAUUUCUUCGAGUAUGCUUAUCAUCACUAUUGAAUUUGCGGGGAAAUGUACAAGGAGAGGGAGUGUCUCCUGGUACCCUUGGAACAUUGUUAGUGUCUUCGGUGGAUCCUUCUAGGCGUCGUACAGAAACAUCGGAUAUGAAGGUUGACCUGGGUGUGAAGACAAAGACUCAGCUAAUGGCUGAGAAAUCUGUUUUUAAGACAUUACUUAUGACCACUAUUGCUGCUAGUGCAGAUCCUGAGCUCCAAGACACAAAAGAUGAAUUUCUUGUUAAUGUUUGUAGGCAUUUUGCACUGCUUUUUCAUGUAGAAUGUUCUUCAUCAAACUUAUCUGGCACAACGGGCCAGCACGUUGGUUCCAUGGUUUCAUCAAGCAGUGGCAUGACUUCUAGGUCGAGAGGUAGCACUUCCAAUCUUAAGGAGUUGGAUCCUCUAAUAUUUUUGGAUGCGUUGGUUGAAGUACUUGCUAGUGAGAACAGGCUUCACGCCAAGGCUGCUCUAAAUGCUUUGAGCAUGUUUGCUGAAACACUUCUUUUUCUUGCACGGGCAAAGCAUAAUGGUGUACUAAGUUCAAGGGGCGGUCCUGGUACUCCAAUGAUGGUUUCAAGUCCAUCCUUGAAUCCUGUGUAUUCACCACCCCCAAGCGUUCGGGUUCCUGUAUUUGAGCAACUUUUACCUCGCCUUCUGCAUUGUUGUUAUGGAUGUACUUGGCAGGCUCAACUUGGAGGUGUAAUUGGGCUCGGGGCUUUGGUUGGCAAUGUCUCUGUAGAGACUUUAUGCAUUUUCCAAGUGAGAAUAGUGCGGGGCCUUAUAUAUGUUCUUAAAAGGUUACCAAUGCAUGCUAAUAAAGAGCAGGAAGAGACAAGUCAGGUCCUCACGCAGGUUCUUCGAGCGGUGAAUAAUGUUGAUGAAGCAAAUAAUGACAGCCGUCGACAGAGUUUCCAGGGAGUUGUUGAAUUUCUUGCUUUGGAGCUUUUCAACCCUAAUGCAUCCAUUGUUGUAAGAAAGACCGUGCAAUCAUGCUUGGCUCUUUUAGCUAGCAGGACCGGGAGUGAGGUUUCCGAGUUGCUUGAGCCUCUUUAUCUACCUCUACUUCAGCCUCUCAUAAUGAGGCCCCUUCGUACCAAAAAUGUUGAGCAACAGGUGGGAACAGUUUCUGCCUUGAAUUUUUGUCUUGCCUUAAGACCUCCUCUUCUCAAAUUGACACCAGAGUUGGUCAACUUUUUGCAAGAAGCAUUACAAAUUGCUGAGGCUGAUGAAACUGUGUGGGUCACCAAACUAAUGAACCCUAAGGUGGUUACUACACUAAACAAACUUCGAACAGCAUGCAUUGAACUUCUUUGUACUGCAAUGGCUUGGGCAGAUCUCAAAACACCUAAUCAUACCGAACUUCGUGCAAAGAUCAUUUCUAUGUUUUUCAAGUCUCUGACUUGUCGGACUCCAGAGAUUGUGUCCGUUGCAAAGGAAGGGCUUCGUCAGGUUGUUCAACAACAACGACUGCCAAAAGAACUUCUGCAGGGCAGCUUGAGGCCUAUCUUAGUUAACUUGGCACAUACUAAAAGCCUUACGAUGCCUUUGUUGCAAGGAUUAGCCCGCCUGCUCGAACUUUUGUCAAAUUGGUUCAAUGUCCAGUUGGGUGUCAAAUUACUGGACCACUUGAAGAAAUGGCUUGAGCCUGAAAAACUUGCUCAAACCCAAAAAUCUUGGAAGGCUGGAGACGAGCCGAAGGUUGCAGCAGCGAUGAUCGAACUCUUCCAUCUACUCCCUCAGGCAGCUGGGAAAUUUCUAGAUGAACUUGUAACCAUAAUUAUUGAUUUGGAAGGGGCACUACCACCAGGACAAUUUUACAGUGAAAUUAACAGUCCAUAUCGUCUUCCACUUACCAAGUAUUUAAACCGUUAUGCAACAGAUGCAGUGGAUUAUUUCCUUGCUCGUUUAAGCCAUCCAAAAUAUUUCAGAAGGUUUAUGUAUAUAAUCUGUUCAGAUGCUGGACAACCCCUAAGAGAAGAACUUGCUAAGUCGCCACAUAAGAUACUUGCAAAUGCUUUCCCACAAUUCUUUCCCCAUUCUGAAGGGUCUGUUGUUCAACCUUCUUCGUCAGUUAAUGAUGAAGUCCUCAUGUCAGACACUUUCACUAGUCCACCUUUGGCAGCAUGCUCUGAUGGUUAUUUUCAUGGAUUGGAACUUAUUUCCACUCUAGUCAAGUUGAUGCCAAAUUGGUUGCAUGGUAAUCGUAUUGUUUUUGAGACAUUGUUACUUGUUUGGAAGUCACCAGCAAGGAUUGCUCGUUUGCAAAAUGAACAAGAACUGAGCUUACUCCAGGUCAAGGAAAGUAAGCGGCUUGUGAAGUGUUUUCUGAGUUACCUGAGGCAUGAUAAGUCCGAAGUUGGUGCACUAUUUGAUAUGCUGUCAAUUUUCUUGUUCCAGACACGUAUUGACUAUACCUUUUUGAAGGAAUUUUACAUUGUCGAGGUUGCGGAAGGAUACACUCCUAACUUAAAGAAAUCGAUUCUUUUACACUUCUUGAGUAUCUUCCAGUCAAAACAAUUUGGACAAGAUCACUUGGUCAUUGCAAUGCAAAUUCUUAUCCUUCCAAUGCUAGCUCAUUCUUUUCAAAAUGGUCAGAGUUGGGAUGUUGUUGACCCUGCUACAAUAAAAACUAUUGUUGACAAGCUUCUUGACCCUCCUGAAGAGAUUAGUGCUGAAUAUGAUGAGCCUUUGAGGAUAGAACUUCUACAGCUUGCUACAUUGCUGUUAAAGUAUCUACAAAAUGAUCUUGUUCAACACCGUAAAGAGCUUAUAAAGUUUGGUUGGAAUCAUCUUAAGCGUGAGGAUAAUUCCAGUAAGCAGUGGGCAUUUGUUAAUGUUUGCCACUUCUUAGAAGCUUAUCAGGCUCCUGAAAAAAUUAUUCUCCAGGUUUUUAUUGCCUUAUUGCGAACUUGCCAACCAGAAAAUAAGCUUUUGGUUAAACAGGCUCUUGACAUAUUAAUGCCUGCACUUCCUCGAAGACUACCUCCCGGAGAAAGUCGUGUACCAAUAUGGAUUCGUUAUACCAAGAAAAUACUAGUUGAGGAAGGUCAUUCAAUUCCUAAUAUGAUACACAUCUUUCAGCUUAUUGUGCGGCAUGCAGACCUCUUCUAUAGCUGUCGAGCACAAUUUGUUCCGCAGAUGGUAAAUUCUUUAAGUCGGCUAGGACUGCCAUACAACACCACUUCUGAAAAUAGACGCCUUGCAAUUGAACUUGCUGGCUUGGUUGUUGCUUGGGAAAGACAAAGACAAAAUGAAAUGAAAGUUAUGCCUGGCACCGAGGGAUUUAAUCAAAUAGGUGAUGCGUUAAAUCCUGCUUCUGUUGGUGGUGAUUCAAAGCGAUCAUCAGAUGCUUCUGCAUUUCCUGAUGAUAUAAGCAAGAGAGUGAAGGUUGAGCCUGGCCUUCAGUCUCUUUAUGUGGUGUCUCCAGGUGGAGCUUCUAUACCCACCAUCGAGGCACCUGGAUCUUCUGGCCAACCUGACGAGGAGUAUAAACCAAAUGCAGCAAUGGAAGAGAUGAUUAUCACGUUCCUUAUUAGGGUUGCAUUGGUGAUAGAACCUAAGGAUAAGGAAUCCACCUCUAUGUAUAAACAAGCUUUGGAGCUACUAACGCAAGCUUUGGAGGUCUGGCCAAAUGCCAAUGUUAAGUUCAAUUAUCUCGAGAAGUUGCUUGGACAUCUUCCGCCUUCUCAAUCAAAAGACCCGGCAACUGCUCUUGCACAGGGUCUUGAUGUCAUGAACAAGGUCUUGGAGAAGCAGCCACGCCUGUUCAUCCGCAACAACAUAAAUCACAUUUCACAGAUAUUGGAGCCUUGUUUUAACAGUAAAACCUUGGAUGCUGGGAAGUCGCUUUGUUCCUUGCUGAAAAUGGUUUUUAGUGCUUUUCCACUUGAUGUGGCUAGUACACCACAAGAUGUGAAGAUACUAUACCAAAGGGUUGGAGAGCUUGUACAGAAACAUCUAGCUGCGGUGACAGCUCCUCAGAUAUCUCUUGAAGUUAGCAAUGCUAACUCAAUGAUAACUUUUGCUCUCUUUGUCGUUAAGACCCUGACUGAAGUUCAGAAGAAUUUUAUUGAUCCAUUCAUUCCCUUGUUGCUUCGUGUACUUCAACGCCUAGCACGAGAUAUGGGAUCAUCUUCUGGUUCACAUGUCAGACAAGGACAGAGGGCAGAUCUGGAUUCAGCAGUCAGUUCACGUGCAACAGCUGACUCAGCUUCUGUGAUCUCGAACAUGAAAUGUGUCGUAAGCCUUGUAAGUGAACGAGUUAUGCAUUCUCCUGAAUGUAAACGGUUAAUUGGUCAGAUACUUCACGCGCUGCUGUCUGAGAAGGGCACAGAUUCCAGUGUACUUUUGUGUGUACUUGACACAAUAAAGGUAUGGAUUGAAGAUGACUACAGGCAUUCUUCCUCUGGUGCUUCAAGUGCUGCUCUAACUCAGAAGGAGAUAGUAUCCUAUCUGCAAAAGCUUUCAUUAGUUGAUAGAAAGAACUUUCCUCCAGCUGUGCAAGAAGAAUGGGAUGGAAAAUACUUACAACUUCUAUAUGAGCUUUGUGCAGACUCAAGCAAGUAUCCGGUGCCCCUUCGCCAAGAAGUGUUCCAAAAGGUUGAAAGACAAUAUAUGCUUGGUCUAAGAGCAAAAGAUCCAGAAGUUAGACAGCGGUUCUUCAUGCUAUAUCAUGAAUCACUUGGAAAAACACUGUUUAACAGACUUCAUUUUAUCAUCCAAAUUCAGGACUGGGAAGCUGUAAGCGAUGCUUUUUGGCUGAAACAGGGACUUGACCUUCUGUUAGCUAUCUUAGUAGAGAAUGAACCUAUCAUGCUAGCACCAAAUUCUGCACGAGUGCCACCACUUUUGGCAUCAGGCACUUUUCCUGACAUGACUGUGGUUCAGCACUCAGCAUCUGAUAUAUCAGAUUGUUCAGAUGGGGCUUCUCUUACAUUUGAUUCUCUUGUUGCUAGACAUGCACAUUUUUUGACAGAGAUGUGCAAACUUCAGGUGGCUGAUCUUGUGAUUCCACUAAGAGAAGUAGCCUAUGCUGAUGCUAAUGUUGCAUAUCAUAUGUGGGUUUUAGUCUUUCCAAUUGUUUGGGUGACUUUACAUAAAGACGAACAAGUUGCUCUUGCUAAGCCCAUGAUAGCUCUUCUGUCAAAAGAUUACCACAAAAAGCAGCAAGGUAGCAGACCCAAUGUCGUGCAAGCACUCCUUGAAGGGCUUCAUUUGAGCCACCCCCAACCUCGGAUGCCGAGUGAGCUCAUCAAAUAUAUUGGCAAGACUUACAAUGCUUGGCAUAUUUCACUAGCUCUACUAGAGAGUCAUGUCAUGUUGUUCAUGAAUGAUGCAAAAUGUUCUGAGUCAUUGGCAGAGCUUUAUAGACUUCUUAAUGAAGAAGAUAUGAGGUGUGGAUUGUGGAAAAGAAGAUCAAUCACUUCUGAAACAAGAGCCGGGUUGUCACUUGUUCAGCAUGGUUAUUGGCAACGGGCUCAAAGCCUUUUUUAUCAGGCCAUGAUCAAGGCAACACAAGGUACAUACAACAACACAGUUCCUAAGGCAGAGAUGUGUCUUUGGGAAGAACAGUGGCUUUACUGUGCUAGCCAAUUAAGUCAGUGGGAAGUCUUGGCAGAUUUUGGAAAGAGUGUAGAAAAUUAUGAAAUUCUUCUUGAUUGCCUAUGGAAGGUUCCUGACUGGGCUUAUAUGAAGGAAAAUGUAAUACCUAAGGCUCAAGUAGAGGAGACGACUAAGGUUCGUCUAGCUCAAGCGUUUUUUGCACUUCAUGAUAGGAGUACCAAUGGUGUUGGAGAAGCUGAAAAUAUUGUAGUCAAAGGUGUUGAGCUUGCAUUGGAGCAAUGGUGGCAGUUGCCUGAAUUUUCUGUCCAAUCUCGAACCCCUCUAUUGCAGCAGUUUCAACAAUUAGUUGAGGUUCAAGAAUCUGCAAGAAUACUUCUGGAGAUUGCAAAUGGGAACAAACAACCUUCAGGAAACUCAGGUGGCAAUGUUAAUAAUGCAUAUGGGGAGCUCAAGGAUAUCCUCGAGACUUGGAGACUACGGACUCCUAAUGAAUGGGAUAGCAUGUCUGUUUGGUAUGAUUUACUGCAGUGGAGGAAUGAGAUAUACAAUGUCGUGAUAGAUGCGUUUAAGGACUUUGGUCAAACAAACCCACAACUUCAUCAUCUUGGCUACCGAGACAAAGCUUGGAAUGUUAAUAAACUUGCUCAUGUUGCACGUAAGCAGGGACUUCAUGAUGUCUGUGUAAAAAUACUGGACAAGAUGUAUGGGCAUUCAACAAUGGAAGUGCAGGAAGCAUUUGUCAAAAUAAGAGAGCAAGCAAAGGCUUAUUUGGAAAUGAAAGGGGAAUUGACCAGUGGUCUUAAUUUGAUCAACAAUACUAAUUUAGAAUAUUUUCCUGUAAAACAUAAAGCAGAAAUUUUUCGCAUCAAAGGUGACUUCUUGUUAAAGAUGAAUGAUUGUGAGAAUGCCAAUCUUGCAUAUUCCAAUGCCAUAAGCCUCUUUAAGCAUUUACCCAAAGGAUGGAUAAGCUGGGGAAACUAUUGUGACAUGAUAUACAAAGAGACACGUGAUGAGUUAUGGUUAGAAUAUGCUGUGAGCUGCUUCUUUCAAGGUAUUAAGUAUGGUGUUUCAAACUCUAGGAGCCAUCUGGCUCGUGUUCUGUACCUUCUUAGUUUUGAUACACCAAGCGAACCUGUUGGGAGAGCAUUGGCUAAAUAUUUAGAUCAGUUACCCAAUUGGGUUUGGCUUUCUUGGAUCCCACAACUUCUGCUUUCCUUGCAAAGAAGUGAAGCACCUCAUUGCAAGCUUGUUCUACUAAAAAUUGCUCAAGUGUAUCCUCAGGCCUUGUAUUACUGGCUACGUACAUAUUUAAUGGAACGUCGUGAUUUUGCUAAUAAAUCUGAAUAUGGAAGAAAUAUAGCAUUAGCUCAGCAGCGAAUGCAACAAGCAGCCUCAGCAAAUACUGCAGCUUCACAUAACUUGGUUGAUGCAAAUUCAAGAGGGCCCACUCAUCUUGGAGCAACUUCUGAAAGUCAGGUUCAUCAAGGUUCCCAAACUAGUGGUACUGCUGGUUCACAUGACGGUGUUAAUUCUCAAGGACAAGAACCUGAAAGGCCUGCAGCAAUGGAUGGCAAUGGUAAUAAUGCACAUGACCAACCACCACAAAAUCCAACUGUUGCAGAAGGCACUCAUAACUUAUUGAGACGAAAUGGUGAGCUUCGUUUAGCUACCGUUGCUAGUGCUUUUGAUGCAGCAAAAGACAUAAUGGAGGCUCUUAGGAAUAAGCAUCAAAAUUUGGCAAGUGAACUUGAGGUUUUACUUUCGGAAAUUGGUUCAAGAUUCGUUACGCUUCCCGAAGAGCGACUUUUAGCAGUGGUUAAUGCGUUGCUUCAUCGUUGUUACAAGUAUCCUACAGCUACUACUGGAGAGGUACCACAAUCUUUGAAGAAGGAACUGUCUGGUGUUUGCAGAGCCUGUUUUUCAGCUGAUGCAGUGAACAAGCAUGUUGAGUUUGUUAGAGAAUAUAAACAGGAAUUUGAACGUGAUCUUGAUCCGGAGAGAGCAGCAACUUUUCCUGCUACACUUUCUGAGUUGACAGAACGGUUGAAACACUGGAAGAAUGUUCUUCAGAGCAAUGUUGAGGAUAGAUUUCCUGCUGUUUUGAAACUCGAAGAAGAGAGUAAAGUACUGCAUGAUUUUCAUGUUGUUGAUGUGGAAAUGCCAGGCCAGUAUUUCACUGACCAGGAAGUUGCACCUGAUCAUACAGUAAAGUUAGACAGGGUUGGAGCUGAUAUUCCUAUUGUGCGGAGGCAUGGAAGCAGCUUUCGCCGCCUUACACUUAUAGGAUCUGAUGGUUCCCAGCGCCAUUUCAUCGUCCAGACAUCAUUAACUCCAAAUGCUAGGAGUGACGAACGCAUGCUUCAGAUCUUUCGGGUGUUGAACAGGAUGUUUGAUAAACACAAGGAAUCGAGGCGCCGCCAUCUGACCAUUCAUACCCCAAUAAUAAUACCUGUUUGGUCACAGGUACGCAUGGUGGAGGAUGACCUGAUGUAUAGCUCGUUUCUUGAGGUCUAUGAGAUCAAUUGUGCACGGCACAAUAAGGAGGCUGAUAUGCCCAUCACACUUUUUAAAGAACAUCUCAACCAGGCCAUCUCAGGACAGGUCACACCUGAAGCUGUUUUGGAGUUACGUCUGCAGGCAUAUAAUGAAAUUACCAAAAAUGGGGUUAACGAUAACAUAUUUUCUCAAUACAUGUAUAAGACACUCCCAAGUGGUAACCAUCUUUGGACCUUCAAGAAACAAUUUGCCAUCCAAUUGGCGCUCUCUUGUUUUAUAUCAUACAUGCUGCAGAUUGGGGGCAGGUCCCCAAACAAGAUUCUAUUUGCGAAAAAUACUGGCAAGAUAUUCCAAACUGAUUUUCAUCCUGCUUAUGAUGGAAAUGGAAUGAUCGAGUUUAAUGAACCAGUUCCCUUCAGACUGACCAGAAACAUGCAAUCUUUCUUCUCCCAGUUUGGAGUAGAGGGACUUAUUGUAUCUGCAAUAUGUGCUGCUGCACAGUCCGUAAUUUCACCAAAACAAAGCCAGCAUAUAUGGCAUCAUCUUGCCAUGUUUUUCCGAGAUGAACUGCUGUCAUGGUCAUGGAGAAGGCCACUAGGAAUUCCUCCGGCGCCAGUCGCUGCAGGGGGGAUCAACCCACUGGAUUUGGAGCAGAAGGUGACAACCAAUGUUGACCAUGUGAUUGUACGUAUUAAAGCAAUAGCACCACAGUGUUUUCCUGAAGAGGAUGAUAACACUACUGACCCCCCGCAAUCUGUACAAAGAGGUGUCACAGAUCUGGUGGAAGCAGCCUUGGAACCGAGGAACCUAUGCAUGAUGGAUCCAACAUGGCACCCCUGGUUCUGACUCAGGUCAUUAAAAUGAAUCCAGAAGAACCUACACAAGUCAACAUGUAGGUAGGUGAUGGACAAAAUGGGAUCGUUGGAGCUGUUUUUCAUUUUUUUGGUUUCUGGUCUCUCUGUGAAUUUCUAUACCAGAAGUCUGUCGUAGGUUUAGUUAUAUUGUAUAUACAGGCAGUAUUGUAUAUACGCUUAGCAUGCUGCUGAUAAUUAAGUUUUUCUAAAAUUUACCUGGUUCUCUUUGA